AUGGCGAGGACGCUCUUUGGUAAGAUAUGGGACGCGCACGUAGUGGCAGACGGUCGCCCGUCACUCCUGUACAUAGACAGACACCUGGUACAUGAGGUGACCUCGCCGCAGGCGUUUGACGGGCUGCGCAAGAGCAACAGGGGCGUGCGGCGCCCGGACCUGACUGUGGCCACGGUGGAUCACAACAUACCGACGACCAACCGCUCCCUUCCCAUAGCGGACCAGACGUCCCUCAUACAGAUACAGACCCUGGAGAGGAACUGCCGGGACUUUGGGAUCAGGCUGUUCGGGAUGGGCAGCGCCGGCCAGGGUAUCGUGCAUGUCAUAGGGCCGCAGAUGGGAAUCACGCUGCCCGGCACCACCAUCGUCUGCGGGGACAGCCACACCUCGACGCACGGCGCCUUUGGCGCCUUGGCGCUGGGAAUCGGAACGAGUGAGGUGGAGCAUGUGCUGGCAUCGCAGACCCUCUGGCUGGAGAGGCCGGAGCCCUUUGAGGUCGUGGUGACAGGAAAGAGGGGCCCCACCAUAACCGCCAAGGACGUCAUACUGUCCAUAAUAAGGAACAUCGGCACCGCCGGCGGAACCGGCACGGUGAUCGAGUACAGGGGAUCCGGAAUAUCUGACAUGUCCAUGGAACAGAGGAUGACCGUGUGCAACAUGUCCAUUGAGGCAGGAGCCCGCGCAGGCCUCAUCGCCCCAGAUGAGAAGACGUUCCGGUACCUGCGGGGCCGCAGGUACACGCCCGAGGACUAUGAGGAGAUGGUGGAUGCAUGGAGGCGGGAUCUCACCACGGACUCCGGGGCCACGUUUGCAAAGUCAUACACGAUACACACCGACGAGAUCGCCCCCCAGGUGAGCUGGGGAACCAACCCCGCCAUGACCUGCGACGUCACCCAGUCGGUGCCGUUUCCCGAGGACUAUGCCGGGGACGACCCCGGCCAGGUGCGCGGCGCAAAGAAGGCGCUGGAGUACAUGGACCUGAGGCCCGGCACCCCCAUCACCGAGAUCCCCGUGGACCGGGUCUUUAUCGGCUCGUGCACCAACGCCCGGCUGGAGGAUCUGAUCGAUGCCGCCCGCGCAGCCCGCGGCCGCAGGGUGGCCCCGGGUGUUGACGCAAUGGUGGUGCCCGGCUCCCAGGACGUCAAAAGGCAGGCAGAGGAGAUGGGCCUUGACAGGGUAUUUCGGGACGCGGGCUUUGAGUGGCGCGAGUCCGGCUGCAGCAUGUGCCUUGGGAUGAACCCGGACAUACUCGAACCCGGCCAGCGGUGCGCCAGUACGUCAAACCGCAACUUUGAGGGCCGCCAGGGAGCCGGGGGAAGGACCCACCUGGUGAGCCCCGUGAUGGCAGCGGCCGCCGCGGUAAGCGGGCACUUUGUGGACGUAAGAGAGAUGGACCUGAACUGA